AUGAACUGUUCCACUGAUAAAGAGAUAUUUCUUUCGUAUGGUCAAAUUCAUUGUGUUGUGAGGGAAUUGGUACAGGAGAAAUUCGGACAAGAAACUUGGGAAACAAUUUUAGAACAAUCUGGUUUGGAUGAAGAUGCACACUUUCUAGUAUUUUCUCAGUAUGAUGAUGCAGAGACGUUUAAACUAGUAGGUGCUGUGGCAGAAUGUCUUAAUUUGCCGUUAACAGCAGUAUUGGAAGUAUUCGGGGAUUAUUUUUUGAUCUAUUGUUUACGCCAUGGUUAUGACAAAAUGUUAAAGACACUGGGAAGUGACAUGUGGAGUUUUAUACAGAACCUAGAUUCUUUACAUUCACUCCUAGCUUUAAGUUAUAAAAACAUCACGCCGCCAUCUUUCAGAUGUGAAACAGGCGAGGACGGUUCUUUACUACUGCAUUAUUAUACAAUACGGCCUGGUCUAUACCCUAUUGUAAUUGGUCUAGUUAAAGCUGUCGGUAGGGAUAUAUUUAAUCAAACCGUUGAUAUAACAGUAUUAGAGCAAUCUGAAGAGACAAUCGGUGAUAAGAAUCAACAGCAUACAGUAUUCAAUGUGAUUCUACAGGAUGGAUUAAAAUCUACAGAAGUAUGUCCAUACCAAAGACAAUCCCCGGAAGGUGAAGAGUCAGAAAAGAAAAUGGUAGAGAUCUGUCCCGUAAUGUCCGGCGAUGUCAAUUUCCAACUUAAUGCGCAGCAGUUUUGUUCGGCGUUUCCCUAUCAUAUUAUAUUUGACUCUGACAUGUGUAUAAGUCAAUGUGGAACCAAAAUACAGAAACUUUCCCCUGUGUUAAUAACCCCUCAUAUAGCCAUGGAAAAGGUGUUGGCGAUUGUUCAUCCUAAGAUGGCGCUAAAUAUAGAAAAUAUUAAAAAGUUUAUAAACUCGGUAUUUUUUCUAUCCAUAUGUAAUUCUAACAAAGACAACCCAGAAAAAACCUUCACACUAAAAGGUUAG